UGAGGACCGACCCGCGAGGAGGAGCACAUCCGGGACCCGCUUGGCUCCAGAGACGCGUGUCGGGUCUGGAGAUGGGCCGCGCGCUGCUGUGGCUGAGCCUGCUGGCGCUGUCGUCCGUGUGGUGUGGUCCCGGCACCGGGACCGGCACCGGGGCCGCGCAGGAGGACAUCCCGGAGGGGGCUUCCACCCUGGCGUUCGUGUUCGACGUCACCGGCUCCAUGUACGACGACCUGGUCCAGGUCAUCGAGGGCGCGUCCCGGAUCCUGGAGACGUCGCUCCGCCGGCCGAAGCAGACCCUGUACAACUUCGCCCUGGUGCCGUUCCACGACCCGGAGAUCGGACCCGUCACCAUCACAACGGACCCCAAGAAGUUCCAGUACGAGCUGAGAGAGCUGUACGUCCAGGGAGGCGGGGAUUGUCCGGAGAUGAGCAUCGGCGCCAUUAAAAUAGCUCUGGAGAUCUCCUUGCCCGGGUCCUUUAUUUACGUCUUCACGGACGCCCGUUCCAAAGACUAUAAGCUGACCCACGAAGUUCUGCAGCUCAUUCAGCAGAAGCAGUCGCAGGUGGUGUUUGUGCUGACGGGUGACUGCGAUGAUAGGACUCACAUCGGCUACAAGGUCUACGAGGAGAUCGCCUCCACCAGCUCUGGACAGGUCUUCCAUCUCGACAAGAAGCAGGUCAACGAGGUUCUGAAAUGGGUGGAGGAGGCGGUGCAGUCCUCCAAGGUCCACCUGCUGUCCACUGACCACGUGACUGGGGGCAGCAACACGUGGCAGAUGCCCUUUGACCCCAGCCUGAAGGAAGUCACUGUGGCCCUCAGCGGCCCGGCUCCGGACAUUGAGAUAAAAGACCCCCAGGGUACGAUGAGCACCUCUAGUGAAGGAAGACACUCAGUCCGUAUCUCAGGUCUCAGCAACAUUGACUUCCGAGCCGGGUUUUCCAGAAAGCCCACCCUGGACUUCAAGAAGGCCUCCAGUAGGCCGGUUCAAGGUAUCCCCACACACAUCCUCCUGAAAACCACCGGACUGUCGCCUCCCGCUCGGGCCGACCGGAUCGAGCUCCUGUCGAUAACGGGCGGGGUGAUCAAGACCUUGCCGAUCCGCUACUACCCCGAGCGCCAGCCGUUCGGCCUCUGGAACGUCACCGAGUUCGUCCCGCCCGACGAGGCCUUCUUCCUGCGAGUGACGGGCUACGACCGCGACGGCUUCCCCUUCCAGAGGGUCUCCAGCGUUUCCUUCUCGGGCGUCGUACCUGUUGCCCCCAAGGUGCUGAUGCCAGCCACCAGUCACGGUUACUACCUGCAGAGCGGGGCGGUGCACUGCCGCGUGGAGAGCCUGAUCCCCUUCACGCUGCGCUUCAGUCGGGACGGAACACGACUCGGGCUGGACCAACUCUUCAGUGAGUCCAACAACGCGUCGUGGGUGAUAGCCCAGGUGACCCUGAAGGACGAGGACUUCUACGAGUGCAUCGCCAUCAGCAGCGCCGGGACGGGAAGAGCUCGCACCUUCCUAGACGUAUCAGAGCCGCCUCCGGUCGUCACGGUCGAGGCCAACGUCACGGCGGCUCCCGGGUCCCUCGCCGUCCUCGCCUGCCGCGUGGUCAGCACCGUCGGCUUCAACCUCACGUGGCUGAGAGGAGGCCGCGACGCCCGCCUCGACCCGCGGGCGAGCGUCUCCGCCGCCGACCUCUCGCUGCGGCUGUCCGCCGUGACCCCGGAGCACUCGGGCUGGUACCAAUGCAUCGCCACCAACGAAGGAGGCGUGAGGGCGGAGCGCGUCUACCUCACCGUGCAAGAGGCGCCCAGGGCUUCAGUCGAGCCCCGGAAUCAAACCUUCACGGCAGGAGAGGAGAUGAGGAUCAGAUGCUCGGCCGGCGGCUACCCGCCACCCCGUCUGGUCUGGACCCACAACGCCAUGUUCAUCGCGGCGUCCAGCAAACACAGGAUGACUUCCGAUGGCACCUUGGUGAUAAGAAACCCGGAGAGAGAGGAUGGAGGCGUGUACGGCUGCCUGGCCAGCAACGAGGCCGGGACGGACACGGUGACCUCCGUGCUCACCUACAUCGAGUCUCCCGUGGUGACGGUGCCUCUGGGUGACGUUCUCAUCGCCGUUGGAGAAACCACAGCGCUGGCCUGCAGCGCGUCUGGAGUCCCUCAGCCGGAGAUCUGGUGGUACAAAGGUGAUGUCCGGCUGCACUCGUCCUCCCUGCUGGACGUGGACGCGUCGGGAGGCUCUCUGACCAUCAAGGAGGCCGAGGACCUGGACGCCGGAGAGUACACCUGCGUCGCCGUCAACGCCGCCGGCAGCGCGUCUGGGAAGAUCUCUCUGGACGUCGGAGCCGCGCCCGAGUUCACCCGCCAGCCGUCCGACGUGGCGUCCGACAUCGGCUCCAAGGUGACCUUGCUGUGCCUCGCCAGAGGUCACCCCGAGCCGCAGGUCACCUGGAGGAGGGAGGACGGGCUCCCGCUGUUCCACAGGCCGCGUGCAGCGGGCGCCGUCACGCGGAGCGGGGGGGGUCUGCAUGUCAGCCACCUGUGGGUGGACGACGAGGCGGUGUAUGUGUGUGAGGCUCACAAUCACUUUGGGCGGAUCCAGGCCCAGGCGAGCAUCAGCGUGACCGGACUGGUCUCGCCCGUCAUGGCGGUGAGCCCGGCCGUGCUCGCCGUCCUCGAGGACCAGCAGGUGACUCUGCCCUGCGUGCUGUUGGCUGGCCACCCUCUGCCGGAGAGACGGUGGCUGCACGACUACGGCUUGGUGACCUCGGACCAGUACGUGACGGUGAGGAGGGACGGCAGCCUGCACAUCGAGAGGGUCCGGCUGGACCACGCGGGGGACUACACCUGCUUGGCUGAGAACGUGAUCGGGGCCACGAACCACACCACCAGCGUCAUCGUCCACGUGAUUCCCAGCGUUCAGUACGGCCCUCAGGUGUUCAGCACCAUCGAGGGCUCGCCCGUCACGCUGCCCUGCCGGGCCAGUGGAGAACCCGCCCCCCUCGUCACCUGGACCAAGGGCGGGGAGCUGCUGCAUGUGGGCGGUCCGGCGUUCUCUCUGGGUUCUGACGGCGGCCUCCUCAUCGCCGCCCCGUCUGGAAACGAGACCGGAGAGUUCAUCUGCACCGCCACCAACGCUGCAGGCUCCGCCUCCAGGAAGGUCCAGCUCACCGUCUACGUCCGUCCGAGGUCCGGCGUCAGCGGCUCGACCGAGCCGGCGCCGAUGUCCGUGAUCGAGGGCGCGGACGCCGUGUUGCCGUGCGAGGUCCACGGCGUCCCGCCGCCCUCCGUCAGCUGGGCCAAGGAGAGGCAGCUCAUCUCCCCGUUCUCUCCCAGGCACACUCAGCUUCCCUCCGGCUCCAUGAAGGUCUUGGGGACCAGGAGGUCAGACGGUGGACUCUAUGUGUGCGUUGCCUUGAAUAUCGCCGGCAACCUAACACAAUCCAUCCAGCUGAGUGUGUUGGUGCCCCCCAGUAUCCAGGCGGGACCCAAGGUGAUGAAGGUCCAGGUGGGUCACCCUGUGGCGCUGCCCUGUGUGGCGAGCGGGGUCCCGGAGCCCACCCUCACCUGGACCAAGGACGGGGACGGUAAGGUGUACCCGGUGUCACCUGACGGCAGCCUGGCCCUCCGAGAUGUGGGGCUGGCCGACGAGGGAAGCUACCGAUGCGCCGCCAGCAGCGCCGCGGGCCGAGACGAGGCUCACGUCCGGCUGCUUGUGCAAGCGCCCCCUGUGGUCGAGGUGUUGGAGCCGCCCUUCAACCGUCCGCUGCAGGAGAGAGUUGCUAACCAGCGUAUCGCGUUCCCCUGCCCCGCCAAAGGCCUUCCCAAGCCGGUGAUCCGGUGGAUGCGUAACGGCCGGCGGCUGAGGGGCGACGAGCCCGGCGUGUCGAUCCUGGAGGAUGGCACGCUGCUGAUUCUGGCCUCCGUGUCGCCGCUGGACGACGGGGAGUACGUCUGCGCCGCGGCCAACGACGCCGGGUCCACGGAGAGGAAGUACCGGCUCAAAGUCAACGUUCCCCCAGUUUUCCGUGGCGAGGAAACUUCGGUCAACGUGUCGUCGGUCCUGAGCCGCUCCGCCAGCUUGGAGUGUGACGUCGUGGGAAGUCCGACCCCGGCCGUCACCUGGUACAAGGACGGGACUCUGGUGGUUGCCAGCAGCAGCGUCCAGAUUAUCGACGCGGGGAAAACCCUGAGGGUCCUGAAGGCGGCCACGGCGGACGCAGGAAGCUACAGCUGUAAAGCCAUCAACGUCGCCGGCAGCGCAGAGAAAGACUUCUUCCUGGACGUACUGGUCCCCCCCACCAUCAUCGGCUCCGCCUCUCCUCACGACGUCAUCGCCAUCGUCCAACAGGAGAUCAGUCUGGAAUGCAAUGUGCACGGAACUCCUUUUCCCACAAUACAGUGGUACAAGGACAGGAAGCCGGUGUUUCUCGGCGACCCCGGCCUCGAGGUGUCAGACCGGGCUCAGGUUCUGAGGAUCCGGAGCGCCCGGCUCGGGGACGAGGGGCGCUACCGGUGCAGCGCCGAGAACGCCGCCGGCCAGCGGGCCAAGGACUUCCUCCUCCGGGUGUUUGCGCCGCCGUCCAUCCGGGGCGGGAACGUGACCGCGCGGGUCGCCGCCCUGCGGGACUCUCUGGUGACGCUGGAGUGCGAGGCGCGCGGAGCUCCGCCUCCCGCCAUCAGCUGGCACCGACACGGCGAGGCGGCACCGUCCCGCCGGCGACUGCUGCACGCGGAGCGAGGACGCUACCUGAAGAUCCCCCGGGCGCAGGCGCCGGACGCCGGACGCUACACCUGCACGGCGAGCAGCGCGGCCGGCAGCGCCGAGAAGAGCUACGAGCUGGACGUCUACCUGCCUCCCACCAUCGCCGGGGGCGACGACGGGCCGACCGAGAGGAAGGUGGUCCUCGGCGAGCCUCUCCUCCUGGCGUGCGCGGCCGGGGGUCACCCCCCCCCCUCCCUCACGUGGCUGAAGGACGGCGUCCCGGUGAGCGACGGCCAGAGCGUCCGUCUGCUGGAGCGCGGCGGCAACUUAGAGAUCCUGGCGGCCGCGGCGGCGGACGCCGGGCGCUACGCCUGCAUCGCCACGAGCAUCGCCGGAGAGAAGGAGGUCAACUACGACGUCAGAGUGUUAGUUCCUCCGCUCAUCGACGGCGCUCACGCCGUGGCUGACAGCACGGUUGUCGUCGACAGCCCUCUGGAGCUCGAGUGCCACGCCACGGGGACGCCGGCUCCCGCCAUCACCUGGUAUAAAGGUGGAGAGCCGGUCCGACAGGGCGCCGGCGUGAGGGUCGCCGCCGGCGGGCGGCGGCUGGUCGUUUCCCGCGCUCAGGUGUCCGACGCGGCUCGUUUCCGAUGCGUGGCCAGCAACGAGGCCGGAGACCACGAGAAGGACUUCGACGUGGUCGUCCACGUUCCUCCGUCCAUCCGCUCCACCGGGCCCGCCGAGCGCUCCGUGGUUCUGCACCGGCCCGUCGGCCUGGAGUGCAUCUCCAGCGGCUUCCCGCCGCCCAGCGUCACUUGGCUGAAAGAUGGCCGACCGGUGGACACCACACAGGGUCACCUGGAGCUGGAGGCGGCGGGCAGAACGCUGAAGGUCACAGAGGCGAGACUAGAGGAUUCUGGGAAAUACGCCUGCCUGGCCACCAACGCCGCCGGUGAAGCCCAACAGCGCAUACGGCUCAGCGUGCACGAGCCGCCCAGCUUCCCCGGCUCUGGAGACAUCGUGAACCAGACCAUCCUGUCGGGCUUCUCCACCGAGCUGGAGUGCAACGCCGCCGGCAGCCCGUUACCCGCCAUCACCUGGAACAAAGAUGGCCGCCCUCUGGCGAGUGCCGCCGCCGGCGUGACGGUGCUGGACCGCGGCCGGCGGCUGGAGAUCCAACGAGCUCACCUGUCUGACGCCGGCAUGUACAGGUGUGUAGCGGCCAACCUGGCUGGAGCUGCUGAGCUAACACACAGCCUGCAGGUGUACGUUCCUCCGGUCAUCUCCAGCCGAGGCGGCACGGUCACCGUGGUGGUGAACGAAGCGGCGCGGCUCCGGUGCGAGGCCAACGGCGUUCCUCCGCCCGGCCUCACGUGGCUCAAAGACGGCAGCCCCGUGGCGAGUGUGUCACACGGCAUACAGGUGUUGUCGGGGGGCAGAAUGCUGUCUCUAACCAGUGCACAGGUGAGUGACACAGGCAGGUACACCUGUGUGGCUGCCAACGCCGGAGGAGAACAGCACCGAGAGUACGACCUGAGAGUCUAUGUGCCGCCCAACAUCGAAGGCGAGGAGGCGAACGCCACGGUGAUGCUCGGCCGCCCGGUGGAGCUGCACUGCCAGAGCGACGCCGUCCCUCCACCGACGCUCACCUGGCGCAAAGAUGGCCGCCCGCUCUUCAGGAAGCCCGGUCUCACCGUCUCAUUGGAUGGGAGUUUGCUCAAGGUCGACCGCGCCCAGGUGCAGGAUUCAGGCAGGUAUUCCUGUGAAGCCACGAACGUUGCCGGCAAAACGGAGAAGAACUACAACCUGAACGUCUGGGUUUCUCCCAGCAUCCGCGGCUCCGAGGAGACGUCUCCCCUGACCGCGGUCGAAGGAGGCGUCGUCACUCUGGCGUGCGAGUCCAGCGGCGUCCCGCCGCCCGGCCUCACCUGGAGGAAGGACGGGGCCGAGCUCACGUCGGACCCGCGGCGGAGGGUCCUGUCCGGCGGGCGCCAGCUGCAGAUCUCCGGCGUCCGGAGGACGGACGCGGCCUCCUACACCUGCUCCGCCUCCAGCGCCGCCGGCGCCACGGCCAAGCGGUACAGCCUGCAGGUGUACGUGCGCCCCUCCAUUCGUGGCGGCGAGGCCGAUGCCGUGGCCGUGACCCGAGGAGGGAACGUGACCCUGCGGUGCGCCGCGGAGGGCGUGCCCCCGCCGGCCGUCACGUGGCUGAAGGACGGACGGCCGAUCGCGGGCCGGCACGGCGUCACGAUCCUCGGCGAGGGGCGGCUGCUGCGGAUCGAAGACGCCGAGGUGUCGGACACGGGACGCUACACCUGCAUCGCCGUGAACGUGGCGGGACAGGCCGACGGCGAGCACCACGUCAGCGUGCACGUCCCGCCCAGCAUCUCUGGUCAGGUGCAGCUGCCGGAGAGCGUGAGCGUCGUGGUGAAGAACCCGGUGGCUCUGAGCUGCGAGGCGUCCGGCGUCCCUCUGCCCGCAGUCGCCUGGCUGAAGGACGGCCGGCCAAUCGAAGGCGGCGGCGCCGUGCGGGUCCUCUCGGGGGGGCGGAGCCUGCGUCUAAUGCAUGCUGCAGCAGAGGAUGCUGGGAGGUACACCUGUGUGGUGUCCAACAGCGCCGGAGAGGAGAGGAAAAACUUUGACCUCGACAUCCUCGUUCCACCGAGCAUCGUGGGCGAGGGAACCGUGGUGGACACUAAAGUCAAGGAGGAACACAACAUAACGCUCACCUGUGAGGCCUCAGGUAACCCUUCACCGGAGAUCAGAUGGCUGAAGGACGGACAGCUGCUGCUGCCCGGCAGACGCCUCCAGCUCUCGUCUCCGGGCCGUUUCCUCCUCAUCACGGGGGCCCGGGUUGCAGACACCGGCCGGUACAGCUGCCUGGCGUCGAACGGCGCCGGGAAUCGCAACCGCCACUUCAACCUCAACGUCCUGGUUUCUCCCACCAUCGCCGGGUCGGGUCCUGACGGUUCUGCAGAGGAGGUGACGGUGACUCUGAGCAACCCCACCUCCCUGGUGUGUGAGGUCCAGUCCUACCCGCCCGCUCUCAUCGCCUGGCUCAAGGACGGCGCCCCCUUCGAGUCCGGUCGGCACGCCCGAGUCCUUCCAGGUGGGCGAACGCUGCAGAUUGUCACCGCUAAAGAAGAGGAUUCUGGGAGAUACACCUGUGUGGCCACGAAUGAGGCCGGAGAGACACUGAAGCACUACGAGGUCACGGUGUACGUUCCCCCUCAGAUCAAUAAGAACGACAUCCCGGGGGAAGGACCGGCGACCAAAGAGGUCAAGGUGAAGGUCAACAGCACGUUGACCCUGGAGUGUGCGGCGCAUGCGUUUCCCAGCGCCGCGCUGCAGUGGCACAAGGACGGACAGAUCCUGCGUGCGGACGACCACGUUUCCAUAGCGACCGACGGCCGCGCGGUUCAGAUCCGAUUCGCUCAGGUGUCGGACACGGCCCGCUACACCUGCGUCGCCACUAAUGUAGCCGGAGAGGACGAGAAGGACUUUGAUGUACAUGUACAAGUUCCACCUCAUUUCAUCCGGCCCGGUGGAGUCGGCGACGCCGCGUCUUCCCCGGGCGCCGGAGCGGACGUUCGAGAGGUGAUCCUGAACAACCCCGUGUCUCUGUACUGCGACACCAACGCCGUGCCCCCUCCAACACUCACCUGGUACAAAGACGGACGACUGCUGGCCUCCAAUCACAAGGCUCUGAUAUUACCAGGUGGGCGAGUCUUACAGAUUCCCAGAUCCCAAGCUGAAGACUCGGGCAGAUACACCUGCGUGGCUGUCAAUGAAGCCGGAGAAGACUCCAUCCAGUAUGACGUGAGAGUGUUGUUACCCCCGACCAUACGGGGAGCUGACAGGGAUUCCCCAGACGAGGUCACGGUCCUGGUAAACAGAACUACCCAGCUGGAGUGCCCCGUGGACGGAAACCCCGCCCCCACGGUCACCUGGUUUCAGAACAGCCAACCAGUGGUCUCCGAUGGGCCACACAGGAUCCUGUCCAAUGGGAGGACACUUCAGGUGUUGACUGCUCAGGUAUCGGACACGGGCCGCUACGUGUGUGUGGCUGACAACGUGGCCGGGACUGCAGAGAAAUCCUUUAACCUCAAUGUUCACGUGCCUCCCUCCAUUAUCGGCCGGAGUCCUGAGAGCGUGACCGUGGUGGUGAACAACUCUGUGUCUCUCUCCUGUGAAGCCACUGGUUUCCCUCCUCCCACCAUGAGCUGGCUGAAUGACCGGGGCCCCGUUCAGGCCGACGCCAACGCACUCAUCGUGCCAGGUGGUCGGACGCUCCAGAUUCUGAAAGCAAAAGUAUCUGACGGAGGGCAGUACAGCUGUGUGGCGGUUAGCGCAGCGGGGGAGGCUCGCAAGAACCUCCACCUCGCGGUUCUCGUUCCUCCGAGCCUCCGGGCCGGCGGCGGCGGCGGGGACUCCCCCGUGGUGGUGAACGUGCUCGUCGGAGAAUCGGUGACUCUGGAGUGCGAGUCCGCCGCCGUGCCGCCGCCCACCGUCACCUGGUACAAGAACGGCCGCGUGGCGACGGAGUCGGCGAAGCUGCGCAUCCUGGCGGAGCGACAGACGCUCGAGAUCUACGGCUCGGAGGUGUCCGACACCGGACAAUAUGUGUGCAAGGCCACCAACGUGGCCGGACAAGUCGACAAGAACUUCCACCUGAACAUUUAUGUACCUCCCAGUAUCGACGGGCCAGCAGAGGAGAGUGUGGUGGGAACCGCCAGUAACCCAGUCACCCUGGCCUGCGACGCUGCUGGGAUCCCUCCGCCGAGCCUCUCCUGGCUGAAGAAUGGCCGACCCAUCGAGUACUCGGAGUCUCUGGAAAUACACAUCUUCUCGGGAGGAAGCCGUCUGCAGAUCGCCCACUCGCAGCUCUCUGACGGCGGCGCGUACACCUGCGUGGCGUCCAACGCAGAGGGCGAGGCGCUCAAGAGCUACCGCCUCACCGUGCAAGUCCCUCCCAGUAUCUCCCGGUCCGAGCUGCCCGGUGAGAUCGGAGUCCUGCUCAACGAGAGCGUCCAGCUGGUCUGUCGAGCCCGAGGAACUCCGGCGCCGACCAUCCAUUGGUUGAAAGACGGGGCGGCCGUCGACCACGCGGGGGACGAGGGACGAGGCGUCAGUCCAGACGGCAGCACGCUCACUGUGACCGCGGCUCGGACCGGUGACGGUGGCAAGUACACCUGCGUGGCCACGAACGCUGCAGGACAGGAGGACAGGAUAUUCAACCUGAACGUGUACGCGCCUCCCGUGAUAGGCGGCAGCAGUGGCGAGCGGCUGACCACGGUUCUGGACGGUUCCGUCAACAUGGAGUGUGUUGCUGCAGGUUCCCCCCCGCCCCAGCUCAGCUGGCUGAGGAACGGCCUGCCGCUGCCGGUGUCCUCCCACAUACGGCUGCUCUCUGCUGGACAGGUGCUCCGGUAGGUCAGAGCGCAGGUGAGUGAGUCCGGAUAUUACAUGUUCUAUGCCUCCAACAGAUUACAGGUUCCAUGUGACAACAGACACUCAUAUCUGUCGGUGCACAACAUCCCUCCUGGCCUGGAUGGAGCAGGGAGCACCGAGGAUGUGACAGUUGUCAGAGGAAACUCGGCGUCUCUGCUGUGCGUUGCUGACGGGAGCCCGACCCCGUCUGUGUCCUGGCUCAAGGACGCGGUGACUCUAACCCCCGACCUCCCCGACCUCGAUGUUCUCAACCAGAACACCACCGUGCAAAUCCUCCGGGCCCGGGUGAACGACACGGGGCGCUACACGUGCGUGGCGGACAACGCCGCCGGCCGAGCCAGUCGUCGCUUCAACGUGAAAGUUCUGGAUCCUCCCCACAUCGAGGGCUCUGGCGGAGCAGCAGAAGUGUCCGUCGUGGUUAACGCUCUGCUGGAGCUGCGCUGCGAGGCCUCGGGCGUCCCCACGCCCUCGUUGACCUGGCUGAAGGACGGACGGCCUCUCCCCCUGAGCCUCCUGCGGGGGGGGGAGGUGCUCCGCGUGGCCUCGGCUCAGUUGGAGGACACGGGCAGAUACAGCUGCUUAGCCACCAGUCCAGCCGGAGAUGACGACAAGGAGUUCCUCGUCCGAGUGCACGUUCCCCCUAACAUCGCCGGAGAGAGCUCCCCUCAGGACGUGUCGGUGCUGCAGAACAGACCGGUGACCCUGGAGUGCAAGUCGGACGCCGUUCCACCUCCGACUCUGACUUGGCUCAAAGAUGGCCGACGGCUGCAGGCCUCUGCACGCCUGCGCGUUCUGUCCGGCGGCCGCUAUUUACAGAUCAACAUGGCCGAGCUCGGAGACGACGCUCGGUACACCUGCGUGGCCAGCAACGUGGCCGGAGAGACCAGGAGACAGUUCAACCUGGAGGUGAACGUGGCCCCGACCAUCGAGGAAGGCUCCCAGACGGUGACGGUGCACAUAAACAAGCCGGCGGUGCUGCAGUGCAUCGUGGGCGGAGUGCCACCACCUCGCGUCACAUGGAGGAAACAUGGCGCCGUAUUGGCGGGAAACGACCCGAGGUACACGUUUACAGAGGACGGGUCGUUGCACGUGCGCUCUGCCCAGGUGACCGACACCGGACGCUACCUGUGUAUGGCGACCAACCGGGCCGGGACACACCGCAGGAGAGUGGACCUGCAGGUGUACGUCGCUCCUUCCAUCGCCGACGGCCGCUCCGACGUCACGGUCACGGUCAACGUUCAGACCACGCUGGCCUGCGAGGCCGCCGGCGUUCCCAAACCCACCGUCGGCUGGAGGAAGAACGGACGAGCCCUCGACACCGACCAGAACCAGAACCUGUACAGGUUACUGUCAUCGGGCUCGCUGGUCGUCAUCGCACCGACCGUGGAGGACACAGCCGUGUAUGACUGUGGCGUCUCCAACGAGGCGGGAGAAGACUCCCGCUCCAUCAACCUCACCGUCCACGUUCCUCCGUCUCUAGCGGAUGAACCCACGGAGCUCGUCGUGACCAGACUGUCCCCGGUGGUCAUCGCCUGCACUGCAUCCGGGCCCACGAUCCACUGGACUAAAGACGGCGUGCAGCUCACCGCAGACGGACGACAGGGCUACAGCGUCCUGCCCACAGUGUGUGUGUUUGGUGUGUUUACGAUCGGCGCUCAGGUCCAGUGGAGAUCCCCUCGGCUCGGUCACGCCGGACGCUACACCUGUACGGCCGAGAACGCUGCCGGCGUCACCCACCGCCACGUGCAGCUCACGGUGCAGGAACUCCCGGUGAUUCAGUCUCAUCCCUCCGCUCUGGAUGUGAUCCUGAACGCCUCCGUCACGCUGCCCUGCGGCGCCACGGGCUCGCCCAGACCCACCACCACCUGGCAGAAGGAGGGCAUCAAUAUACCGACCACAGGUGGAGGUUUCACGGCGCUGCCUGAUGGAAGUCUGCAGAUCCAUAAGGCCUCCGUGUCGGACUCUGGGACGUAUAUCUGUGUGGCUCAGAACCCUGCAGGGACGGCGCUGGGCAAGACCAAGCUCAGAGUGCAAGUCCCUCCGGUGAUCCGCUCGGCGACUCAAACCUACCUGGCGCCCGUGGACUCCUCCGGUACGCUCCACUGCCACGCCGACGGCUCCCCCCCGCCGUCCGUCACGUGGCACAAAGACGGCGAGCCGCUGAGGGAGUCGGUGCGGCGGCGGGCGCUCGGCUCGGGGUCGCUGCAGAUCGCCUUCAUGCGGCCGAGCGACGCCGGGCGCUACACCUGCACCGCCGCCAACGCAGCCGGCAUCGCCCGCCACGAGAUGAGCCUCACCGUACAGAUCCCGCCUUCCAUUCACGGCGGGGAGCAGCAGGUGGUCGCGGUGGAGAGCGCUCCGGCUCAGCUGGUGUGCGCGGCCGACGGCGUCCCUCAGCCCAGCCUCACCUGGGAGAAGGACGGCGCCCCCCUCAGCGAGCGCCCAGGGGAGUACACCAUCCUCCCCUCCGGAGAGCUGGUGAUAGACGUCACUCAGCCCGGCGACGGAGGCGUUUACACCUGCGUUGCCACAAACGCGGUCGGUCGGGACAGCCGGCCGACGACGCUGUCGGUGCACACUCGCCCCGUCUUCACCGAGCGGCUCGCAGACGUGGCCCUCAACAAGGGAGAGCGCCUCCUGCUGGCCUGUGGAGUCGGUGGCGUCCCCCCGCCCAGAAUCACGUGGGCCUUCAACGACAACGUCGUCCCGGUUCCCUCUGACCGCGUGCCGGGCCUCAGCGAGUUGCUGGUGGAGCGCGUGGACAAAGAGGACUCGGGCACCUACAGCUGCGAGGCAGAAAACGACGUCGGGACCAUCAAGUCACUGGGCGUCGUCUACGUCAGAGAGCCUCCGAUCAUCGACGGGGACCAUCACUCCGACCGCGUUGAGCCUCUGGGUGGCAACGCCAUCCUGAGCUGUGAGGUCCGGGGAGACCCCCCCCCCACCAUCCGCUGGAGCAAGAGCGGAAUCAACAUCCAGACCGGCGACCGCGUCCGUCAGCUGGACAACGGCUCGCUGGCCAUCUACGGCACGGAGAGUGAAGAUGCAGGCGACUACAUGUGUGUGGCAGCGAAUGAGGCUGGAGUGGUGGAGAGGAGCGUCGCCCUGACCGUGCACAGUGCUCCGGCCAUCACGGCGGAGCCGACGGUGGUGGGCGCCGGCGGCACGGUCGUGCUCGACUGUCGGGCGGAGGGGGAGCCCACGCCCACGAUGGAGUGGUCCCGGAAGGGAGGGCGCCGCCUGCUGGGCGACGACCGCUUCUCCCCGCUGUCCAACGGCUCGCUGCGAGUCAGCAGCGCCCAGAAGGAGGACACGGCCCAGUAUGAAUGCCUGGCCAGAAACCUGCUGGGGUCAGCGAGGGCCAGGGUCACGCUGACCGUGAGAGUUCACGGGGGCCACUCGGAGUGGUCAGCCUGGGGCCCGUGCAGCGCGUCCUGUGGCGUCGGCUCCCAAAAGAAGCGUCGGCGGUGUACCAAUCCUCUCCCCGCCAACGGGGGGCGCCACUGCGCAGGAUCGGACACGGAGACGCGAGGCUGUCAGGGGAAGCCGUGUCCAGUGGAUGCUAACUGGUCCGAGUGGUCUCUGUGGGAGGAGUGUUCUCGUACCUGUGGUCAUGGCAACAGGACGAAGGUCCGGACCUGCAGCAACCCUCCGGCGCAGCACGGGGGCAAGCCGUGCGAGGGCAAGGCCGCGGAGGUCAUCGUGUGCGGCGUGCGGCCGUGUCCAGUGGCGGGUAACUGGGGCUCCUGGCUGCCAUGGAGCCCGUGCAGUGACACCUGCGGUAAAGGUAUGCAGUCCAGAACCCGCCUGUGCAACAGCCCUCCUCCGGCCUUCGCCGGGCCGCAGUGCGACGGCACGGACGCCCAAACGCAGGUGUGCAAGGAGACACCUUGUCCUGUGGAUGGGAAGUGGUCCUCCUGGGUGAGCUGGGGCUCCUGCAGCGUGUCAUGUGGAGGCGGGACAAAGCAGAGGACACGCCUCUGCGCCGGCCCCGCCCCCCAGCACGGCGGCAGGCAGUGUGAAGGCAGCGACCUGCACAUCGACUUCUGUCACGCUGACCCCUGCCCCAUCAACGGUCACUGGAGCCCGUGGAGCAGCUGGGGCGGCUGCAGCAGGACGUGCAACGGGGGUCAGACGAGGCGCUACCGGACGUGUGACGACCCCAGCCCCGCCAACGGGGGGAGAGCGUGUGCAGGAGCAGACACGCAGAUACAGAGGUGCAGCACCGACACCUGUCCAGUGAGCUGGGCCUCGUGGCAGCUCUGGGGAGGAUGCUCCGCCUCCUGCGGCGGCGGCGAGAGGACGCGCGUCCGUCUGUGUAACAGUCCGCCUCGUGGGAACGGAGGUCGGCCGUGUCCGGGAGACUCCUCCCAGCUCUCCAGGUGUAACGCUCACGCCUGCCCAGGCGGCCCCCAGAGCGCACGAGGAAGCAUCGUAGGAAACAUCAACGACAUUGAGUUCGGCAUAUCCAUCCUCACCGCCACCGUCACAGACGGCCAGUCUGGUGGCAGAACCGUCACGGCCACGAUCACCAACGUCCCGAGGACACUAGGUCCCGCGAUGAGAACGCUCGUCUCCAUCCUGAACCCGGUCUACUGGACCGCUGCACAGGAAGUGGGCGAGGCCGUCAACGGCAACGCGCUGACGGGAAGCGUCUUCAGGCGAGAGACGCAGGUGGAGUUUGCCACAGGUGAGACCCUGAGGAUGACCCUCGCUGCGCGAGGCCUGGACUCGGACGGAGCGUUGCUGCUGGACAUCGUGGUGAACGGACACGUCCUGCAGCUGCCCUCGCACGCUGACAUCAGCAUCAAGGACUACACGGAGGACUACAUCCAGACGGGGGCGGGCCGGCUGUACGCCGGGUCCACCCGCAUGUUCAGCAUCGACGGGGAGAGCGUGCCGUACUCCUGGAACCACAGCAUCUCCUACGACCCCUCCAGGGGAAAGAUGCCCUACCUGGUGCAGACGCUGCACGCCACGGCCAUCCGCGCUCAGUACCGCCCCCUAGAGGAGACGCUGGAGUAUAGCAUCCAGGCUUGCAUCGCCAAGGGAGAUCGCAGUAACCAGUGUCCUCAGGGAUUCACGCUGGAGUCCGCUGGGCCCUUCUGUGCAGAUGAGAACGAGUGCGAGGUGAGGAGCCCGUGUUCCCACGCCUGCCACAACGCCGUGGGAACCUACUCCUGCUCCUGUCCCCGGGGCCUCGCCAUCUCCGCUGACGGCCGGAGCUGUCAGGACGUCGAUGAGUGUUCACUGGGCGGGGACGCCUGCCCUGAUGGACAGGACUGCGAGAACACUAUUGGCUCUUACCGGUGCGCCAUGCGCUGUGGGCGGGGCUUCAGGAGGACGGCCGACGGUCUCGGCUGCACGGAUGUGAACGAGUGCCAGGAGUCCAAUCCGUGCAAUCAACGCUGUCUGAACACGGUCGGCAGCUACCGGUGCGCCUGCGAGCCGGGCUUUCAGAUCAGGAACCGGCGCUGUGUUGAUAUAAACGAGUGCAUGCAGAGGGCAUGUCGAUCGGAUCAGCAGUGUAAGAACUCCCGGGGCGGGUACACCUGCGUUGACCUCUGCCCCAACGGCAUGACCAAAGGUGGCAACGGGACGUGUGUCGACGUAGACGAGUGCAGAGACGGCACGCACCAGUGCCGGUACAACCAGAUCUGUGAGAACGUCCGAGGCAGCCACCGCUGCAGCUGUCCGCGGGGCUACCGGUCCCAGGCAGCGGGCCGGCCCUGCGUCGACAGAAAUGAGUGCGAGCGGCUGCCGCCGCCCUGUGCCCAGCGGUGCGUCAACACGCCUUGUGGCGGGGGCCGCGUGGGCGACGGCAGCUCCUGUCUGCCCGGCUACGAGAGUUACUCGUCCGGCUACCGGGCGUCGAGACUCUCUGUCGAGCAUCGCGACUCCGACCGGCGGCUGUACCGCCGCCUGGCCUCUCAGAGCUGCCGCUCCCACGCGACCCCCGCCACAAGGGGGCGCAACAGGAGGCGGAGCCGCAGAGAGACCCCCGUGCAGGGCCUCCUCGCUUGUCGGCGGGGGUUUGAGUCCAGGGGUGGCUCCUGCUUAGACAUCAACGAGUGUGAGGCGAGGGACGCCUGUCAGCACGAGUGUAUAAACACACCUGGAAGCCACAGGUGUCUCUGUCCCGCUGGUUACCGCCUCAUGACCAAUGGCCAGACCUGUCAAGAUGUGGACGAGUGUCUGGAGCAGGACGUCCAGUGUGGAGCGAACCAGAUGUGCUUCAACAUGAGAGGAAGUUACCAAUGUAUUGAUGCCCCGUGUCCCCCCAACUACCAGAGGGCCCCCGCCACAGGGUUUUGCCUCAAGAGCUGCCCCCCCGAUGACCUGGAGUGCGCGCUGAGCCCGUACGCCCUGGAGUACAAGCUGCUGUCUCUCCCCUUCGGCAUCGCGGCCAACCAGGACCUCAUCCGGCUGGCGGCCUACACGCAGGACGGCGUCAUGCAUCCGAGGACCACGUUCCUGGCGGCGGACGAGGACGCCGCCGCCGCGUUGCCGUUCGCCCUGCGGGACGAGAACCUGAAGGGGGUGCUGUUCACCACGCGGGCGCUCCGGGAGCCGCGCACCGACCGCAUGAAGGUCCGAGCCCUCUCGUACAGCCGGGACGGAGGCGUGGAGUACCAGACGACCUUCAUCGUCCACAUCGCCGUCUCCGCCUACCCCUACUGAGCUGCUGCUCCGCUGCUCUGAGAGGACGCGGGCGGCGGGCGAGCGGGUGUGGAGGCCACGUCGGGAAAAACAGACUGAAAAGACUUUGCACACGGCCCUGAAGAUGCAAAGGAAGGAGCGUUUAAAGGUGGAUGCGAGCCACCGGAGGUCAACGGGAGGCUCGGCUGAAACGGUCUAAUCCCUGGAUUCCUCACGUCAAAAUGUCCAGGACUGUUUUCAGUGAAAAGUUUGAAUAUUUUUGUUAAGUUUCCCCCUUCAGAUUGUUUUAUAAGAUAAACAAGAUUUUCUUUGCUUGUCAAAACCAAAGGUUCAAAAGGUCGACUUCAACCGCCUCUUAUUUACAUUUACCUAUUAUUAACUUCUUGGUCCCUCCUCCUGCCCCCCGCUUCCACCCCCCUCCCGCGGCGGGGAACCGGCGGGGACUGCGGGUUAAGUGCUAAGGCUAUCAAAGCUCUUAGACACAAAAGCCAGCAUCGGGGGAACGGUCGGGGGGGAACCGGCGGCGGGGAACCGGCAAUGGGGAACCGGCGAUGGGGAACCGGCAAUGGGGAACCGGCGGCGGGGACUGCGGGUUAAGUGCUAAGGCUAUCAAAGCUCUUAGACACAAAAGCCAGCAUCGGGGGAACGGUCGGGGGGGAACCGGCGGGGGGGAACCGGCGAUGGGGACUGCGGGUUAAGUGCUAAGGCUAUCAAAGCUCUUAAACACAAAAGCCACUAUCGGGGGAACCGGCGACGGGGAACCGGCGCCGGGGACUGCGGGUUAAGUGCUAAGGCUAUCAAAGCUCUUAGACACAAAAGAUGACAAAAAGCAUAUACAGAACCACCAGACAAAAGCCACAUACCAUCUCCAGCAAGAAUCGCUUGCCGGUCUUCAUCUUCCUGUCGACAUUAAACACCUGGCGGGUUUCGAUCUGCAGCCACUCUGCAAUGAGGUCCUCGAUCGGGUCCUGGUGCUCGAUGAUGAACAGAAGCGACAGCUCACCAAAAUGCCUCCUCAUCUUGUCCGCUAGACUCUGGGUGACGUCAUCCAUAUUUUGAGCAUUGUUGCAGAAUUUCUCAUCGUAGUCAAAUCUCUCCAGCGCUUUGUCAACUAUCCUCUUGACAAAGGCUUUGCACUGUUCAGUGCUGACAAACACUUUAAGUUUGUUCAGCAUCCGAUGGAUGACCAAUGUCACGAACAUAUAUCUGUCGCGGGCUAGUUUAGUGGCCCUCAUUGCUUCUCUUGAAUUCAUUGUUCUUUAAGGAAAUUUGCAAAAAAGUCUUCCUUAAUGUGUUGUCUGGAGCCAAAAGACACUCGUAAAUGAACUUAGAAAGCCUUUUUGUCUUUGAUCUAGUAAAUACAGAAUGACAGCACUCACCAUAUGUUGAAGUCCGCUGGAUAAAGUAGCUUCGUGUGUGAGUCUUAUUUAUAGAAAGUCCUGCCUUUAAUGUGUGACGUAGGUGCGACGUCACAUUCCGGCCUUGAUCGUGAAUGUUGGCGCUGUAUUCUAGAGGAAAGCCCCGCCCCCCCUUUCAUUGCCCACAAUGGGUCCUAACGGUAUAGGCUGCCUAAUUGCCUGCCUGCAGUAAACUCGGGGGAAAGGCGCGUUCGAUUUGAGAAUCCGCCGUUUGACGGUCCGCGAUCCGUGGGCGGGGCUUAUCGGGUGCGCGCGGCCGAACCGAGGGCGACAGAACCAACGGAUCCGCCCCGGAGUCGAUGCAAUGUGGGGAAGAAGACUCGAAUCAACGACACUCACCCGCCAACACGUCCUCGCUCACUGACGCGCGAGCGCUCUGUCUACGUCACUAAACGGUGUGCUUUGAUUUACGACAGCUAGCUAACCGUUACGUUAGCCUAGCUAAGGGGUUCUCAAACGGUGGGACGCGGCCCUCUAGUUACAAAGUACACGGACGUUAAACGGAGUCAUUCAUACACAAAGAGUGACAUGCCUGUACUUUCGUGUGAAUGUUUACGUUGCGGCGUUAACGGGUUACGCUGCGCGAGACGGCCGAGAUCGGCUUUUCCGCCGCUCCCUUUCAAAAUAAAAGCUCAACAAUGAGCAUUGAGAGUGGCCUUAUCAAGCCUGCAACCCCGGUUUAAAAAGCUCAUUGCAGCUAUAAUAAUGUUAACACGUGAUGACUCGCAUAUCUGAACUCGUUUUGUUUUGGUUUCAUGUUAUUGUGGUUUUGAAAAAGAUAUGCAGUGUAAAACACAGUAAAACUCUUUAAUGACAAAUA